AUGCGCGGGCCUGGGCGCCCCCUCCUCCUGGGGCUGCUGCUCGUGCUGGGGGCGGCGGGGCCCGGGGUCGCCGAGCCCCGGGAGGCGGCCGACAGACAGACCCUGCUGCGGCUCAUCGUGGAGAUCCUCCAGGAGCUCAAAAAGUACCAUUCGGGCGAGUCGAAGAGACUGCACCUCUUGGGCCAGCACGACUACACUCUGGGCCGCAGGGAGGUCUCGGACUACCCGGUUUAUCCCGAGGAGCAGAGAGUGGAAAUUGUGCCUCGAGAUCUAAGGAUGAAGGACAAGUUUCUAAAACAUCUUACAGGUCCUCUUUAUUUCAGUCCAAAGUGCAGCAAACACUUUCACAGACUUUACCACAACACCAGAGACUGCACCAUCCCUGCAUACUAUAAAAGAUGUGCCAGGCUGCUUACCCGGCUGGCUGUCAGUCCAAUGUGCAUGGAGGGAUAAGCAGUGAGCAGAGCUGCAAAGGACCAACAGCCCACGAACCAUGAGAAGUGCCUUGGAAAUCAACAGGGAACAGAACCUGCUACCUUCACGAACACAUCCCCUUGUGAACAAGAGAUUUAUUUUUGCAGACUGACUCUUCCAUAAACCCUUUAACUUGAGUUUUGUAUGUUGUUGACACUGUUGGCAAAUACAUAUUCAGUUAAUCAGCGUACCUGACAGUAACACUUGCCAUUCGUGAUUUUGGGGGAAAAGGCGAAUGCUCCGCAUUUGAUGUGUAGUGCUAUAAAAUGACAGACAAAGCUAUUUCAUUCUCCUGAUUAGGUGAAAUCUCAAAGAGUAUUUCUUUAGAAACAUAAAUAGAAUCUGAAACUAUAUUUUCAUAUAGCAUAUGGUAUGAUUUAAUAUUUUUGUUACUCUUACAAUUAAAUUCCCAGAGCAUUAUUUGGAACUGCAUGGAAAAAAAAACAAAAAAAAAACUCGUCAUGUUUUGGAGAUAGUGGAGUAUAAGUCUGUGAACAUAUCCAGGCUAAUUUCAUUUGUUCUUUCUAUCAUAAAUGUAAGAUAGUAUCCAGAUAUUGUGCAAUAUGUAAAUACUGUAAAUAAAACAGGUAAU